AGGAGGCGGCGCGGCGGCGGCGGCUCGGACCCCUCCCCGGACCCAUCAGAGCGGCUCUCCGGGCGAUGCCGGAAUAGAUGCAGGGCCAUGUCCCGCCGCAAACAGGGCAACCCGCAGCACUUGUCCCAGAGGGAGCUCAUCACUCCAGAGGCUGACCAUGUGGAAACGGCCAUUCUCGAUGAAGACGAGGGUCUGGAGAUAGAGGAGCCCAGCGGCCUGGGGCUGAUGGUGGGUGGCCCCGACCCUGACCUGCUCACCUGUGGCCAGUGUCAGAUGAACUUCCCCUUGGGGGACAUCCUGGUUUUUAUAGAGCACAAGAAGAAGCAGUGUGGUGGCAGCCUGGGUGUCUGCUAUGACAAAGGCCUGGACAAGGGCAGCCCGCCACCUUCCUCACGCGCCGAGCUCAGGAAAGUCUCUGAGCCCGUAGAGAUUGGGAUCCAGGUGACUCCCGAUGAAGAUGAACACCUGCUCUCACCCACGAAAGGCAUCUGCCCCAAGCAGGAGAAUAUUACAGGGCCGUGCAGGCCUGCCCAGCUGCCAGCGAUGGCCCCCAUAGCUGCCUCCUCCUCCCACCCUCACACAUCUGUGAUUACUUCACCUCUGCGUGCCCUGGGCGCUCUCCCGCCCUGCUUCCCGCUGCCCUGCUGCAGCGCGCGCCCCCUGUCGGGCGACGGGACUCAGGGUGAGGGUCAGACGGAGGGUCCCUUUGGAUGCCAGUGUCAGUUGUCAGGUAAAGAUGAGCCUUCCAGCUACAUUUGCACAACCUGCAAGCAGCCCUUCAACAGCGCGUGGUUCCUGCUGCAGCACGCGCAGAACACGCACGGCUUCCGCAUCUACCUGGAGCCGGGGCCAGCCAGCAGCUCGCUCACGCCACGACUCACCAUCCCGCCGCCCCUGGGGCCCGAGGCCGUGGCCCAGUCCCCGCUCAUGAAUUUCCUGGGCGACAGCAACCCCUUCAACCUGCUGCGCAUGACGGGCCCCAUCCUGCGGGAGCACCCGGGCUUCGGGGAGGGCCGCCUGCCCGGCACGCCGCCCCUCUUCAGCCCGCCGCCGCGCCACCACCUGGACCCGCACCGCCUGAGCGCCGAGGAGAUGGGGCUCGUCGCCCAGCACCCCAGUGCCUUCGACCGAGUCAUGCGCCUCAACCCCAUGGCCAUGGACUCGCCGGCCAUGGACUUCUCCAGGCGGCUCCGCGAGCUGGCCGGCAACAGCUCCACGCCGCCGCCCGUGUCGCCGGGCCGCGGCAACCCUAUGCACCGGCUCCUGAACCCCUUCCAGCCCAGCCCCAAGUCCCCGUUCCUGAGCACGCCGCCGCUGCCCGCCAUGCCCCCGGGCGCCGGCACGCCGCCGCCGCAGCCGCCCGCCAAGAGCAAGUCGUGCGAGUUCUGCGGCAAGACGUUCAAGUUCCAGAGCAACCUCAUCGUGCACCGGCGCAGCCACACGGGCGAGAAGCCCUACAAGUGCCAGCUGUGCGACCACGCGUGCUCGCAGGCCAGCAAGCUCAAGCGCCACAUGAAGACGCACAUGCACAAGGCCGGCUCGCUGGCCGGCCGCUCGGACGACGGGCUGUCGGCCGCCAGCUCCCCGGAGCCGGGCACCAGCGAGCUGGCGGCCGAGGGCCUCAAGGCGGCCGACGGCGACUUCCGCCACCACCACCACCACCCGCACGAGAGCGACCCGUCGCUGGGCGCCGAGCCCGAGGAGGAGGACGAGGAGGAGGACGAGGAGGAGGAGGAGCUGCUGCUGGAGAACGAGAGCCGCCCCGAGUCCAGCUUCAGCAUGGACUCGGAGCUGAGCCGCAACCGGGAGAACGGCGGCGGCGGCGGCGUGGUCGCCAGCGCCACCUGCAGGGCGGCGGGGCAAGGACAGGCGCGGACCUUAGCCCCGCGCAAGCCCGCGCCGCUGCCCAGCCCCGGGCUCAACAGCGCGGCCAAGCGCAUCAAGGUGGAGAAGGACCUGGAGCUGCCGCCCGCCGCGCUCAUCCCGUCCGAGAACGUGUACUCGCAGUGGCUGGUGGGCUACGCGGCCUCGCGGCACUUCAUGAAGGACCCCUUCCUGGGCUUCACGGACGCGCGCCAGUCGCCCUUCGCCACGUCGUCCGAGCACUCGUCGGAGAACGGCAGCCUGCGCUUCUCCACGCCGCCCGGGGACCUGCUGGACGGCGGGCUGUCCGGGCGCAGCGGGACGGCCAGCGGGGGCAGCACGCCGCACCUGGGCGGGCCUGGGCCCGGCCGGCCCAGCUCCAAGGAGGGCCGGCGCAGCGACACGUGCGAGUACUGCGGCAAGGUGUUCAAGAACUGCAGCAACCUCACGGUGCACCGGCGGAGCCACACCGGCGAGCGGCCUUACAAGUGCGAGCUGUGCAACUACGCGUGCGCGCAGAGCAGCAAGCUCACGCGCCACAUGAAGACGCACGGGCAGAUCGGCAAGGAGGUGUACCGCUGCGACAUCUGCCAGAUGCCCUUCAGCGUCUACAGCACCCUGGAGAAACACAUGAAGAAGUGGCACGGCGAGCACUUGCUGACGAACGACGUCAAAAUCGAGCAGGCCGAGAGGAGCUGAGCGCGCGAGGGCGCGCACGCGCGCGCACACACACACGCCAGCGCGCAUGCCCGCACGCCAGCACACACGCCAGCGCGCAUGCGCGCAGGGGGAGGGUGGUCUCCUCCCACAUCCCCCUGUCCACCCCACACCCCAUUUCCCCCUCACACCUCCAGGCUCCCCGCACCUGUACAGUGGAACCAUUGCCAACCGAGAGAAUGCUGACCUGACUCGCCCCACCCCGCGUCACCGCCACUGAGCGCCCCUGCUGCGUCACCCCCACCCCGGGGAUGGUGGUGAGGGUUGGGGGGGUCACCCCCAAGAAGGCGGUGGCACUCCAACCUAACCUGUGUCUGCGAAGUCCUAUGGAAACCCGAAGCCUGAUGAAGGCAGUUUUAAAAAAAAAAAGAAAAAAAAUUGUGGAGCCUUUUAACUGUGCAAUAAUUUCUGUAUUUAUUGGGUUUUUGUAAGUUUUUGGGCAUGUGCAGGUACUUUUCUUUUUACUUCUUCUUCUUUCUGUUUAAAUUCCUUUCAAAAGAUUUUGUUGGGUAUCCAUCCUUUCUUCAUUUCACAACAACCACAAAAACAAAAAACCCACAAAAAAAUAAUCUCCACCCAGUAGUCUGAACAAGGACUCAAAAGCAAUGUAGAGGGAAACCUAUCUUUUAAAUUAUAAUUUUUUGUGUGGGGGGGCCGCUGCUUUUUUGAAACUUAAGCUAAGCAUGUGUAAUUUCUUGUGAAGAAGCCAACACUUAAAUGACUUUUAAAGUUGUUUACUUUUUUUUUUAAAUUCCUUCCUUGAUGAUGAUUUUUGUUCUGAAAUUUAAAAAGUGGCAUGUGUUUGGGGAGGGGGGACAUUUUUUAAAGUUUGUUUUUAUUGGGGAGGGGGUGGAUGUACAGCGGAUAACAAUCUUUACAAUCGUAGCACUUUGUGUCCGAAGCGGAAUGGAGAUGUAGCACUGAGCGGGGGGGCCCUGGUCCCCGAGGCCUUUUUCUGUAUUGACUUCAAGUUAUAGAAGGGAAACCUGGGAGUGGGGGGUGAGCUAGGGAAGGGACCCCCCCCAACUAACUAACUCAGUAUCCAGAGAGAAGCCCAGCUUCCAGGCUGCCCCCAAAAGGGCCCUGGAUGGAACAUGGCACCACUCCUGGUAGUUACCAGCAGAUCCUCACCCCUUCCCUGGACCUGGGCUGGGCCCGGGGAGAUGCGCUCGGCCCUCUGCUGUGGGAUCGGCUGUGUGGAAUGGGCUGGGCCGGUCAGUGGUCCGUGGCCCGCAGUGACACUGAAAGGAAGAAACCGGUGGACUUGGCGCAGGCGUCCUCUGACUUGACAGCUCCAGGCCCAGGUUCGUGUUGCUCCAAGCGGUACUCGAUCCCGGAGCGGACGCGCCCAGCGCCCUGAUGGUGGAUCCCGACGGCACGACCGGGCAGGACGGGGCGCCUGCCUCCUCCUGUUCCCCUCUUCCUAGCCAGCAGGGGAAGACCCCAGCUGAAGGGGCCCAGCGCUACUUCCCCCUUUGUUUUUGUUUUUGUGUUUCAUCUCCGAUUAGGUUGGAAGGGACGAAACAUUGGAUCAUUCAGAUUAGACAUUUGAUUCUGUUGACCCGCACUUUAAAGCUUUUGUUUGCAUUUAAAUUAAAUGGCUUCUAAACAAGAAAUUGCAGCAUAUUCUUUCUCUUUGGCCCAGAGGUGGGUUCAACUGCAAGGGACAGCUGAGAUUGAGUGUCAGUGUUGCUAAGCGUGGCAUUCACAAUGCUGGCACUAUAAAAAAAAAGUAAAAUGAUAAUUUAUUGGACAGUUUUUCUACUGCCAUUCAAUUUGACAUGAGUGCCUUGAAAACUGAUCUUCCUAUUUGAGUCUCUUGAGACAAAUGCAAAACUUGUUUUUCUUUUUUCCCUUUUUUUUUGUGGAAAUGAAAGACUUUUUAAAAAAUAAUACAAGAAAAAUACAUUCUUUAGAAACAAAGUCACCUUUAAUUAAAAAUAAUUUUUAAAAAUUCCUGGUUGAAGAUAGAGGACUUGUAAAUGCCAUGAGACCCAAUCAAAUGAAGAAACAAACCCAACACAACCGUGGACAUCCGAUAGCUGGACUUUCCUCAGCCCCCUUUGUUUUGGGACAACGCUGCUUAGGUGUGGAGUGGAGGUGAUUUUUACUGCUGAUUUAAAACUCAAGUGACACAUGUUGAUAUUGUUGAAUGAAAAAAACCAUUCAGGAACAACGGCUAAUUUUUUUCUAAAGUUAAAUUUAGUGCACUCUGUCUUAAAAAUACGUUUACAGUAUUGGAUACAUACAAGGGUAAAAAAAAAUAAUUGUGUGUAUGUGUGUUGGAGCGAUAAUUUUUUUUUCAAAGUUUGCUUCAUAGGUUAUUAAAAAAAUGCCGCAAUGGCUGCGUGUAUAUUGUUUUCUUUUGGUGAUGGGGUUUUAGUAUAUAUUAUAUAUAUUAAAAUUUCUUGAUUACUGUAAAAGUGGACCAGUAUUUGUAAUAAUCGAGAAUGCCUGGGCAUUUUACAAAACAAGAAAAAAAACACACCUUUUCUUUUCCUUGAAAAAUGUUGCAGUACAAUUUAAAUGGUGGGUCUAUAAAUUUGUUCUUGUCACAGUAACUGUAAAGUCGGAGUUUUAGUACAUUUUUUUCCUGCCUUGGGUGUUGAAUUUUUAUUUCAAAAAAAAUGUAUAGAAACUUGUAUUUGGGGAUUAAAAGGGGAUUGCUACACCAUGUAGAAAAAGUAUGUAGAAAAAAAGUGCUUAAUAUUGUUAUUGCUUUGCAGAAAAAAAUCACAUUUCUGACCUGUACUUAUUUUUCUCCCCCACCUCCCUAAGGAGUGGAUAUUUUGGUUGGUUCACAUGAUGUAGGCACUUGCUGUAUUUUUACUGGAGCUUGUAAUUUUUUAACUGUAAGCUUGUCCUUUUAAAAGGAUUUAAUGUACCUUUUUGUUAGUGAAUUUGGAAAUAAAAAGAAAAAAAACAAAAACAAACAGGCUGCCAUAAUAUAUUUUUUUAAUUUGGCAGGAUAAAAUAUUGCAAAAAAAAUUUGUAUGUUAAGUCCUAUUGUACAGGAAAAAGAAAAAGGGGUUGUUUGACAACCUUUGAGAAAAAGAAACAAAAGGAAGUAGUUAAAUGCUUUGUUUCACCAGUCAUUUGAGUUGUAUAUAUUUUUUUUUGUCGGAAUUGGCCUACACAAAGAACUGUUUGGAGUUGGGCUUCGGUUCAUCAGAAUGCCCUCAAUCUUGUACCAGGGCUCCUUGGGGUAGCCACAGCAGACUGGAUGAGAAAUGCUUUAUUUGUCUUCGUAGAAAAAUCCUGUUUUGUAAAGAUGUCAGGAACGUUCCACCAAGUCCCCCCUCCUUCCUCUAAGAGGCCAGGUUGUCUAUCAGAUGAGGAGAAGCAAGUGACUUCCCUUCCCUUCCCUGUGUUUGCUCGGACUGUGGUCAUUGGCUCCUCACCUUGGAGCACAGGGAAUGACUCCAGCUAUCUGAGUUAGUGCUUGAGGAGCUAGGAAAUAAAGCUGGAGACCAGCGUGGGGCGUGGGAUCUGGGAAGGAGACUCUCAACCAGGCAACUGGCACCUUUGUUCCAUGGAGAGUGUGGGCCUGUUUUCUUCUCUGCUUUGCUGCUUCUCUCUCUGAAACCUCCAUUCAGUCAGUUACGGAAUGACAAGGGCCUGGGAUGAAUGAAUUUGGUGCCUUCCCUCUCUCUUUCCUCUUUCCCCCUGUCCUCCAGCCUCUGUGGGUCAGUCCCUUAUCUGUGCAUUUCAUCUUUAUUUCAUUUCAUCUCUCUCGCCUUUUCUGUCCUUCUGAGUCACACUUUUUGUUUUUUAUUUUUGGUAAAGCCAAGAAGCUUUAAGAUUCUAUAUCAGGAAGCCCCCCACCCCCACCUUUUAAUUUUUUUUUUAAUUUCAGGAAAUGUAAGGAACCAUUAUUUCAGGUUUUGGAAGUGUAUAUCCAUGUAUCCUUCUGGGAAGUUCCUUACUAAAUGCAGAGAUCUUUCCUCUGGGAGCUUGUCCACCAUCUCCUGGCCACUUCCCUUUGCAAAGUGAGAAGGGAUGGAGGGAGUGGAGAGCAAGCUCUUUUCCGCCUUUAUGCCCCCAAGGCCCAGUGCUGCCCUGCCUUUCCUCUGCCCUGUUAGCUGCUCAGGGGCCUUUCUGUGGGCCUCCUGCGGUCUUCAACGCUAGCCAACUCUCUCACCAGCUUCCCACCAAGUCACCAGAAUGCCAGGACUAAGCCAUCCUAAAGCACAAGGAUUGUGUGUCUCUCUCAACUUCUUUUAAACUCUCUUCGGAGUUUAAAACAAGAAACAAAUGGAAAAAAAAAA